AAAUUAUUUACUCGUUCUAGAAAUUGAUUGAACACAAUAAAUAGAAACAUAUUUUGAAGCACCUGUGGAUUUCAUAGAUAGCAUGCGCCAACAGAACUGCGCCUUUUCCUCUACCCCAACCCCUUUCUCAUCAGUAGUGCUACUGGCUCUGGGUGUCGUGCCACGAAUUUUUCAGUCGUUGCAUGCAGUCACGUCUCUCCGGGGGUCCGAUAGUAAAUCAAAAUAUUUCUCGUUCGUCGGGCAAAUAGUUUUUGAAAACGAUUUAAACGAAAAAACAUAUGAAAUACGCCGAGUAUUAUUAUUUUGUUUUAUUGAUUUUUAAUGAAUUAAACAUGUAUCAUUAGUUUUGAAAGUGUUCAAAUUGUGUGUAGUUAAAUUUUGUUAAAUUAAUAGUAGGUACUAAAGUAUGUUAUAUGAAAAUAUCACAAAAAUAAACAUUCAUAUUUAGGUAGGUCGGACGAUUGGAUUCACCGAUGGGUACCUGAGUUUCGAGACACCAUAAUAUAUUAUUGCGGACACUGGAUCGGAUUCAUUUCUUUUAAAAAUGGGAGAAGUAUUUUAUACACUCAUAACUCUAGUUGUGCUGUGGUCUCCGUUUGCGGUGUGUUUGAAUCAUACGGGAUGGCUUCGUCGAGUGUCACAGCCUCCGUUUCCGGAAGUGCGUAUGCGCCAUAUGCGGCAUUCCGGUCUUUCCACAGAACAGUUUAUAUGGCCCUUGAAAAAAGAGGCCGUAGUCGAGGGCGAUUUGCUUCUCGGUGGACUGAUGAUGGUCCAUUCUCGCGAGGAUACACAAUUCACUUGCGGUCCGAUAAUGGCUCAGGGUGGUAUACAAACUGUAGAGACGAUGCUCUAUACCUUGGAUCAAAUUAACAAGCAGUGGACCAAGUUUAAAAUUGGAGCCCUCAUAUUGGACGACUGCGAUAAGGAUACGUAUGGAUUGGAAAUGGCUAUAGACUUCAUAAAAGGUUCAAUUAGCAAUAUAGAUGAAACUCAAUAUUUUCAUUGCAACAAGUCUCAAGUAAGAAAAGUAAUAUCUGGCGUGGUUGGUGCGGCGUCAAGUGUCACAUCUGUUCAAGUAGCAAAUUUAUUAAGACUUUUCAAAAUACCUCAGGUAAAUGUUAAAUAAAAAUGAAUUACUUAGUUA